GACGCAUGCGCACUGUAAAGCAGCUCUCCCAUUUAGGACGAGCCCAGAGAUUAGGAGUCUUGAUCUUGAUCUCUGCUAGCGAGGAGGCGUGGCUGCAUGGUGACCCCGCCCCCUUAUUGUGGCGGCACGCUCUGUGACGUAGGGAUGGCCAGGAGCCUGAAUGAAGCGCCGGUUUAAGCGCAAUUAGCGCUGCAGCAGCGUCAGCGGGUGGCUGUGCGAGAAGAAUGGAAGCUCCUCUUUAUGUAUAACCAAGAUCUGUGGGGUUCUUCCCACCUGCAGUCCCAAUGGGGUCUUCACAUUCUGCGGGCACAAACCUCUCUUGCUCCAGGGAGCCAAAAGAGGAGGACGAAGACUUGCUGGAACAUAAGGACCGGGAGGAAGACAUUGCCAGGUUCCCCUAUGUGGAAUUCACUGGCCAAGACAGCAUCACCUGUCCUUCCUGCCAAGGCACUGGCUGCAUCCCAACAGACCAAGUUAAUGAAAUAGUGGCUGUGAUACCAUACCAUGACCAGAGAUUAAAACCUCAGAGGACGAAACUGUACGUCAUGGUGUCCGUGUUGCUCUGCCUUUUGGUGUCCGGGCUGGUGGUCUUCUUUCUCUUUCCACAUUCAGUCCUUGUGGACGACAAUGGCAUCAAGGUGGUAACGGUCUGGUUUGACGAAAAGAACUCCCUCGUCGUCCUGGCUAUCACGGCUACUCUCCGGAUUAGAAACUCCAAUUUCUACUCGGUUGCCGUGACCAGCUUGGCCAGUCAAGUGCAAUACAUGAAUACCGUGGUCGGGACGCAGCAGAUUAACAAUGUCACUGACAUCCAGCCUUUGAGUGACCAGCUGGUGAAUUUCACAGUGAAGGCUGAAAUGGGUGGACCUUUUUCCUAUGUAUACUUCUUUUGUACACUACCCAAGAUCAGAGUACACAACAUCGUGAUUUUCAUGAGGACUUCAGUGAAGAUCUCCUACAUUGGACACAUAACCCAGAGCUCCUUGGAGACCUACCAUUAUGUGGACUGUGGUGCAAAUUUCACGGCUUCCCAUGCCGGCCCUUGGCCUCCAACAGUAGAAGACGCAGCUCAAGGGAGGAACAGCAUAACCCCCUUAACAUAUGUCAUCAAUGAAAACAGGUUGGGUUCGGGUUCUCCUGUUGUAUAAACUGAAAUCUGUUUGCUGUGGGAUUUUGUUUUCAUUUGGGAAGAAAGACAAGGUUACUGCAGCCCUUGCCAGAAUUGCCAGAAUUGGAAGGAUUCCCAAAGCUGUAUUUUGUCGACAGAUGGACUGUGGUGUGAUGGUUUUGAAGAGGGUCUGCUUCGUUUCUCUUUGUCACUCCAUACAAACACAUACAUACCUGCUACACUCUUGCCACUGCCUUGGAUAGCCAGGGCUAAUUUUAUUUCCCCCGAGUUGAUCCUCUUUUCAGUGAGACAGCCUUGAGUUUCUUGUCAUCUCUUCCAAGUGAGGUAAGGGCAUGUAUCUCAUUAUUUUGUUCUGCUGGAACAUGAAGAAGGAAAUAAUUCCCAUGUUGAGACUUCUAACUUCAAAGAGACUUCUCACCAAAGGUGGAAAUGAGAGACGUUUUGAGCUUGCUUCUCAUGUUGGGGGUGUUAUACCUCCUGGCUUAUUUUCAAAGGGAUAACAACUGGGAAUAUUUUUAGUGCUGGGGUGUGCAACUUAUGGCCAUUCAGAUGCAUUAGCCCUCCAUUAGCCCUAGCUGCCACAGUCUGUAAUGGAACCUCACUGUCACUGUUACAGCCCAGUUAUGAAAGGUAAUUCCAGUAUAUUCAGCAGGGCAUUUCAUGGAUGUCAGUCUUUACACUAUGUUUGAUUGUAUAAGUAUGCCACUUUGAAAGGUACAUUGUUGACUUGAAUUUCCAGGGUUUGCUUGGAGAUUGUUUGAUUCUUUUUUUGCUUUUAAGAAUGAACGCUUUGUGAUCUUUGUGUUAAAGGAAACCCGCAUGCUGUGAACAUGCUUCUAUCUUGGUUCCUCCAAUUUGCCAAGCUGGGAAAACCUUUUGCCAGUUUUGUUUGCCCAUAGUUUAGAUUAGAUGCUCUUGAUGCUUUUUGUGUAAUUUAUUUCCCAUAGGCAUUUUUUUACUUUAUCUAAAUUAUAGAUGAACACCAGUGACCUGAUGUUGGACUCCCCUCACCAUUGGCUAUAUCACUAGCCCUGAUGGGAGUUGCAAUUCAGCAACACCUGGAGAGCUGCCUAUGGUCCACUACUAUUCUACAUUUUAGUAAGACUUCAGAUGGUUUAAGUAACUUACUAGACAAAUCAAGAAAAUAACAUUAGGAUUAGGGAAGUGUCUUACCAAUCUUGAUUACUAAACCUCCUUAUUUAUUUCUAAUAUGAACUAAAGCACUUCAUAUUUCAUUUUAAAGUUCAGUGUUCCAGGAAAUCUGCAGUAUUUUUUCUGAAGGUGUAGGGAUCUAUUUAAUGUUGGAAGUGCAUUUUAAUCCUAUCUUUGCAUAUGUAAAUGAUGACGGGAGUUCAUGUAUAUUUAGAAUUUGUACUUUCUGCUUCUGUGGAAACUAAAAUUCAUAAAGUUAAUAAACUUUUAUGCAGUUCCUUUUGACAAGGGGCUGCUUUUUUGUCUAA